AUGCGGACACCAGAGGCUUGUUCCUCAAAAGGGCCAGUUCUGUUGUUCGUAAUUUCGCUUAUCUUUCAUGUGGCAAUUUUCGAAACAGAUCACAACUUACAGCUACACUUGGUUCGCUGUGCGGUCACUGUAAGCACAAGACACUUCUCUCCUGGCGGAACGUUACUAAUAUCUGUACCAAACUGCAGUGCCAGCUCAACACAUGAUCGUACAAUCGGCCACACUCACGAGGAAUCGAAGAUUUAUGAUCAAAUAGUGAAGGGGCUGCAGCUUCAGACACGGUGGCCAAUUGUAAUCUCGAGACCUGGACCCAUAAAACACGAAACGUCACAUCUCAAAGAUCAUAGUUACGUCUUAAUCACGUGUUUUCAGGUCACGCUUAAUGAUGUGCUUCGGAACCUGGAGGAACAGCUUAAUGCUUUGAAGGUACGAAAAUCGUGGAACCCGAGGGGUCAGUUCCUGGUCCUGACCACUGAAAAGCACUCCUCAGGCAGACUGCUGGUGCGAAAGGUGUUGGAACUGCUUUGGAGUUUCAAGGUACUUAAUGCAGUAGUUGUGGUACCAGAACUUCCUCAAGCACUGGUUCUGUAUACUUGGUACCCGUACCAGUCACGUGACGUCUGUACCCAUGUGAAGGAGGUCGCACUGGAUUCAUGGCUUUUCGAGAACGGCGGUCAAUUGGUAUCGAACACUACUCUGUUUCCUCUAAAGAUUCCUUACGAUUUGAAAGGAUGUAAUAUUACUAUAUCUGCACUUCAAGUAGAGCCAUACACUUUCCUGUCAAAGGCAGAUAAUUCUGAGGUCGCAUGCAAAGAUGGGGUAGAGUGUCGAUUAUUACAAUUCAUAAUGGACAAGCUGAAUAUGAGUUUUGAGCUGAAGUCACCAGGUGAAGAAAUGUGGGGGGAUAAGCUAGAAAACAAUUCGUGGUCAGGGAUGAAAGGUCACUUGUAUAAGAAUAUAUCUGAUAUCGCAUUUGGAGCCUUGCUCUUGGAGGAAGAAUUGUGCAAUGUAUUCGAAUGCACUAACAGCUACAUUGAAAAUUAUUCAUUCUGGAACCUGCCACGUUCGGAAGAGGUUGCGAAGUGGAAAGGCGUGUUCCGGGUCUUCAAACCAACUACUUGGUUAGCCUUUGGCGCGGUCUGUUUCGCAGUUGUUCUUCUACUGUGGCGAAUAGCACGCAAUAACAACGCGGUUUCAUCACAUACAUCAUCGUAUGCAAACUUCUGCAAGUGUUUUCUUAACGUGUGGGCGGUGGUGCUUGGUGUAUCGGCGUCAGAAAUGCCCCGGACUUCAAGGCUGAGAUCGCUGUUUCUGAUUUGGCUGUUCUAUUGCCUUCAUAUGGACACCGUCUAUCUUUCAUACCUGACAACUUUCAUGAUUCAUUCGGGUUAUGAACACCAAAUUCAAAAUGUCGAAGAGCUGGUAGAUUCUGAUAUGGAGUACGGCUACAAUAAAGGCUUUGACAAAUAUUUUAACGAUCUGACUGAUCCAACAAUGGUAAAGAUGCUGCGUCAUCGGAAACACUGUGAUGGUUAUGGAGUCGAAUGUUUACGAAGAAUGACCAAGAAUAAAGACUUCGCACUGCUUGCGACGAGCUAUUUUAUGGAAUACCAAAUCUCUCGCGACAACGUUCUACAGCCAGGCAAAUCUCUAUUUUACACUUUCCAAGAUGGGUUCCUCAGAAACAGUUUCGUUUUUUACCUGACUAAAAGAAGUCCAUUGCUGGAAAGGAUCAACACCAUCAUCAGGCACGCGGCCGAAGGCGGGUUCCUGGACCAAUGGUGGAGAGAGAUGAAGACUUCUUGGAUACUGAGCAGUGCCAUGGAUAUUCAAGAGGAAUCCUCCACACUUACUUUGUCACAUCUACAAUCUGCGUUUGUUAUCCUGUUUCUAGGACUCGGAUUGUGUCUCGUUGUAUUCGUAGUUGAACUGGCCUGUGUCUACGGCUUAAAAAAAAACGCGUAA